AUGCAACGUCAUCGCCAGCCUGCGCCCUACCAGUCCAACGUAAACUCCAAUGCCUCCUCCCCGGGCUCCUUUACGGUUGUCUAUCCAGACUCUUCGCCCGCUAAGUCAGAGGCUUCCCCGACCCCUGGCUCCCUCCAUGCCACUUCCAAGCUCUACUCCAGUCUCCUCCAGCGCCCUCCAUCAUCCCAGUCCUCCGCAUCCUCCACGCCAAACUUCCAGCAGUCUGACCACUUUUCGGGCGCUGGCCAUUCAUUUGUAAUCACUCCCAGUGGCGUAAGUUGUGUUAUCGCCCACCGUCAGUAUUGCAGUACCAUCAGGCUUAGAUCGAGCUGGCUAGUAUAA